AGGUGAGUUGCAUUAGACGUUUACGAGUAUGACUGGUCGUGGUAAAGGCGGAAAAGGUUUGGGUAAAGGUGGGGCGAAGAGGCACAGGAAAGUUUUGCGAGAUAACAUUCAAGGAAUUACGAAGCCCGCCAUUAGGCGUUUGGCUCGUCGCGGUGGUGUGAAACGUAUAUCUGGGCUCAUUUAUGAGGAGACUCGUGGUGUGUUGAAAGUAUUUCUGGAGAAUGUUAUUCGUGAUGCUGUAACUUACACCGAGCAUGCAAAACGGAAGACCGUGACUGCAAUGGAUGUGGUUUAUGCUCUGAAGAGGCAGGGGCGUACUUUGUAUGGCUUCGGAGGUUAGAUGUGUGAUAUGAGCGCAUAACUUUGUGCGCAGCAUAAACGGUCCUUUUCA